AUGUCGUUGAUGAUAUGGGCGUUUGCUUUACUUUGCUUUGCACUUAGCAAUUUGGUCUCAGCCAAGGAAACGAUCGGGGGUUUGCCCAUAAAUACGGAAUACCUGAUUGUCAGGACCACUUUAAGGGCAUUUGUAACAGCAAAUGACACUGAUUAUGUUUCUAGUUACACCGAUCCUGCUGAUUCCUUCACUAUUUCGAUCCACUGUGAUCCCAGGAGGCUUCGUGCUUUUGAAAACUUGGGCGAUUAUAACCUAACAUGUAGUCUUUCACAUUCCUCAGAUAAGGAUAUUUCUCUCAAUUUCACAUCGGAUUAUCCGGUUUCUGUCAGGCUUGCCGAUCAAUUUAUCCUCAACUUGUCUGCAUCGACGAUUCAAACCACUCAGUAUGUUACUUUUCCUUUGGUGGUGUCACAAAUCGGUGAUGCAUACAUAAUUGCUCGGGCCAUUGUCCUCGGCAAAUCUCAUUUAGCACUGGGAGUGAGGAUAUUGGUUCUUCGAGAAAGCGGAAUCGUUGAUCUGAUCUUUCGUAUCGGUUUGAUUAUCCUUCUUAUGUUGGCAACAUUCUUCAUGGGCUGCGAGGUUGAUAUUAAUGUUAUCAAGUCCUAUGCGAAGAAACCGGUUGGACCGAUUUUGGGAUUUUGUUGUCAAUUUAUCAUCAUGCCUGGUGUGUCCAUAGCACUGGCAAAGUUGACACCUAUUAAUCCCGCUUUUGGCUUCGGCCUCUUCAUCAGUGGCUGCUGUCCUGGUGGUGGUGCCUCAAAUGUUUGGACACGCCUCCUAGGUGGCGAUCUCGACCUUAGCCUCACCAUGACCCUCUUUAGUUCUCUAGCUGCUCUUGCCGUCUUGCCUCUUCUCCUGCUCGCCUUCGCUCGUUUUUUUACUGCUAUUGAUGUCAGUGCAGUGCCCUACGGCCCAAUUGUUGCAAACCUCCUCUAUCUAUUCGUUCCUGUCACGGCUGGUCUUCUCAUACGUCACUUUCGCCCUAACUGGGCAGAUCGGCUGCGUCGAGGUGUGCAGCCAACGUCUUGCAUCUUCCUCACUUACGUGAUUGGAUUUGGCACUUUUGCCAACUUUUCCAUCUUCCGUCUCAUGGGUCGUUAUCCUCUCAUCAUUGUCGUCGGUGCUGCUCUCCCCAUCAUUGGAUAUGUAGCCGGUUUCCUGCUGGCCCUCCUCUUUCGUCGUCCCUGGCCUGCUGUCGUGGCAAUCUCAAUUGAAACGGGUGUGCAGAAUGUGGGAGUGGGUAUUCUUAUCCUCAUCUCUGCUAUUCCUCAGCCUCAGGGAGAUUUGGGGGCUGUUAUGCCUAUAAUCAUCGCUAUCACAACUCCUCUCGGUCUCCUUGUCGCUCUCAUUGUGCGACUCAUUGUGCGUAGGCGAAAGCGGAGAAGAAAGCACGACGAGGAGGAAUUGGAGGAUGGAAGUUGGGACAGUCAUUGUAGUUUAGACACAGCAGUCGAAAACCGAACAAGAACUGCUCUUGAAACACGAAGCUCAGAUGAGGAGAAGGCGAAGCUUUGA